AUGAAUAAGAGUCUCCCUCGAAUCGCCUGCUUCCACGGUGGUGGAUCUUCUGCAGCGAUAUAUGAGAUUCAGUGCUCGUUCCUCACUGCGCUUCUUGCGCAUGAAUUCCAGUUCGAGUUCUUUGAAGGUCCCUUUGACAGUAUCGCUGGCCCUGGUAUUCUCCCAGCAUUCGGUGGAUUUGAACCAUAUAAAUCUUGGUUUUCCAAAGGUGAAAGCAAUGGGCACAAUUGGACUGAACAGGAUAGUCUGGAAUGGGUGUGGACUAUGAUGGAAGAGCGACGGGCCGGACAGGGAGGGGAGUGGGUGGGCGUGAUGGGAUUUAGCGAGGGAACUCGGAUAGCGAGUGGACUGCUCUUGGACCAGCAACGUCGAGAGAAGCUCGGUCUACGGCCAGCAGUGCCUUCUAUUCAGCUGCGGUUUGGCGUGCUGUGUAUGGGUGGGGGACCGCCGAUGGCCGCCCACUUUGACUAUGUGAGUGCAGGGACAACGACAAAUGAUCAACGAGUUAUCCGAAUACCGACAUUGCAUAUGCAUGGAUUAAGAGACAAGUUCCUGGCCCUUGGGCGCGACCAAUACAAUACGUACUUCGACCCAUCCAGGGCCUUCUUGUUCGAGGUUGAUUACCAUCAUGCUAUGCCCUGGCUGGAGAAAGAGUCGCUGGCCCUGGCGCAGCGGAUUCAGAGUCUACAUAAGAAAACACAGGCAAGCCGAUAG